UGUUGAUAAUUUUCUGAUUUCAUGAUACCUACCUGUGGUACGGUCAGGGCCUCCACUACCACAUGUAGAAAAGCAGCCCCACAGGAUGAUGGAUCCUCCACCAUGCUUGACUGUUGGCAGGGUGUUCCUUAAAGGCUUCAUUGUGCCAUCUGGAAACCUACUGUUUGGUACAUUGCCAAAAAGGUCUAUUUUUGUUUCAUUUGCAGUUUUGUAUCAAGCACAAGUUCUCUAUCGAAAAAAUUUGUUUCACUUGAUUCAAUUCCUACAAGAGAGAGUCAACAUUUAGUAUUAUUAUAUAUCACCUUGAGGGUGCUAAUGAUGCUUAGGAUGACUCUAUAUUUGAGUAUAAAUCUGAUUUCUAAUUAUGAAUGUGAUAUUCACUCACGACAGGAUGAUGGAUUGCUGCCCAAAGGAGACGGAGCAAACCAAUUUAAGCCUGUUGUACCCUGGCCACAUGUGGAAGGGAUUGAAGUAGACCUCAACUCAUUCCGAUUGAAGCAUGGAGGGGUCAACCAAGUGCAAAACCCCAACCAGCAGGCUAAUCAGAAGAAGGUCAUCCAGCAACAGUAUGCAACAUUCAGACCCAACUUACACAAUUACAAUGCCCCCAUCCUCAAGAGAGGUGUUCUCGGAAACUUUGAAUCUAAAGAACCUGAGCCUCCAGGGGUCCCAGCUGGCCCAGGAGAAGGAGCCAAGCCAUUUGUUCUGGGCCCAGAAUACAAAGAAACCAUUCAAGCAUCCAUCAAAGAGUUUGGCUUUAACAUGGUUGCUAGUGACAUGAUAUCGCUCGACAGGACCAUUAGCGAUAUACGCCAUGAAGAGUGCAAGUACUGGCAUUAUGAUGACAGACUGCUGACCUCCAGUGUGGUGAUAGUCUUCCAUAAUGAAGGCUGGUCUACCUUAAUGAGAACCAUCCACAGUGUCAUCAAGAGAACUCCCAGGAAAUACUUGGCUGAGAUUGUCAUGAUAGAUGACUUUAGCAACAAAGUCCAUUUGAAGGAACGCUUGGAGGUGUACAUCAAGCAGUGGAAUGGUCUUGUGAAACUCUACAGAAAUGAGAAGAGAGAGGGUCUCAUCCAGGCACGAAGUAUUGGAGCCAAGAAGGCCACAAAGGGACAGGUGCUAAUAUACUUGGAUGCUCACUGUGAGGUUGGGAUCAACUGGUAUGCUCCACUGGUAGCUCCGAUAUCAGAAGACAGGAUGGUAUGUACUGUACCACUCAUAGACUAUAUAGAUGGUAAUGAGUAUAGUGUGGAGCCCCAACAAGGUGGAGAUGAGGACGGCUUGGCUAGAGGAGCUUGGGACUGGAGCCUUCUCUGGAAGAGAGUACCACUAAACCAGAGAGAAAAGGCACAAAGAAAACAUACGACUGAACCCUAUAGAACGGUGUGUACUGUUCCUUUGAUUGACGCCAUCCAUGGCGAGAUGUUCACCAUUGAGACCCAGGGUGGAGGAGAUGAAGACGGCUUUGCUAGGGGAGCCUGGGAUUGGAGCAUGCUGUGGAAGAGAGUUCCUCUGAACGACAGAGAAAAAAAACUCAGAAAAACUCGCACUGAGCCAUAUAGGUCUCCAGCCAUGGCAGGGGGUCUCUUUGCUAUAGAGCGUGACUACUUCUUUGAACUGGGCCUAUAUGAUCCUGGAUUGCAGAUAUGGGGAGGAGAAAAUUUUGAAAUAUCAUACAAGAUAUGGCAGUGUGGUGGCCAACUGCUCUUUGUCCCAUGCUCUCGUGUUGGCCAUAUAUACAGACUUCAGGGAUGGCAAGGCAAUCCUCCCCCUGCACAUGUUGGUUCCUCACCUACGCUGAAGAAUUAUGUUCGUGUGGUGGAGGUAUGGUGGGAUGAAUACAAGGACUACUUCUACGCCAGUCGUCCUGAAACACUAACCCUUGCCUAUGGAGACAUAAGCGAACUGAAACACUUCAGGCAAGAACAUCGGUGCAGGAGCUUCAAAUGGUUCAUGGAGGAAAUUGCUUAUGACAUUCCGUUACACUAUCCCCUGCCUCCCAAAAAUGUUGAAUGGGGAGAGAUUCGGGGCUUUGAGACAAGUUACUGUAUUGACAGCAUGGGACACACAAAUGGAGGGAAUGUGGAAACUGGACCAUGCCACAGAAUGGGGGGCAAUCAGUUGUUCCGUGUCAAUGAAGCCAACCAGCUGAUGCAGUAUGAUCAAUGCCUGACCAGAGGAAGGGAUAAUUCAUCUGUCAUCAUCACACAUUGUGACCAGAACCAGUACAUUGAAUGGAGAUAUUUCAAGUGUCUUUUUCCACUAUGCUUUCAGGAUCUCCAUCGCUUCACUCAUGUACCAACAGGCAAAUGUUUAGAUCGCUCAGACCUCCUCCACAAAGUGUUCGUAUCAGACUGUGACACCAGUAAAACCACUCAAAGGUGGGAGAUGAACAACAUCAUGGCUGUAUAAAGACUGCUGAACUCAUAUACAAAGGAAAUCAUUUGGACUAUGGUGAAGCAAAUGGAUCUGGACCAAUUAUAACAUGCAUUCAUGUAUGCUAUAAAUAACUGGGUUGAUGGUGGGUCCUUUUUGAUCUGAGCCAUUCACUUGUCAGAAUAUGGCAACCAUCUUACCCCCACUAGACAUGAAUUAACUUUGAGGAAUUGAUCAAAGUUAGUGGCCCAAAAAAUUGGCAUAUGCCAGCCUCUAACACUGUCCUUGCUGUCUCUACUUUAUGGCUGUGGUCACCAACCUUUUUCCCGCCACAGACAUGGAAGUACACCUAUUUCGACGACAGGCAUCCAUAUACGGUGUGUGUGUGUGUGUGUGUGUGUGUGGGGAGGUCGGGGGUGGGGGUUUGGUGACGUAGAUUCCAGAAGUUGAUCGACAUAUGUGUGGCUCGGUACAACAUGGCCCAUGGAUCAGUGCCCAGUGGUUGGGCUCCACUGCUAUAGGAUACCAUGUUUCUCAUAGAAAAGAUCCAAGAGAUUUUUUUUUUAAUUCAAUAUCACGGCGUUGGGUGGGGUGGGUGGAAUUUCUGUGGGGAAUCACUGAUCGUGGCAUUCUGUUUUAUGCACACUCCAUUUUGAAAAUCCUGAAUGAGUGCUAUUUAGUUCAAAGAAAAGUAAUAGGUAAUUUGGGUCCCCUUCAAAUUCGUAACUGAAACGGGAUGCACACAUACUAACAAUCAGGUCAAAUUUGAGCCUUUUCCUACCUUUGCGAUCAAAGUCAGCAAUGGCCUGAAUUUCGGAUGUCUCUGAAACAUUAUCCUGAACAAUUAUCUCGAGAUGGCGGUUGUGUUGAGUGUGUUGUGUUUUCCUCCAGAAUCCACUCCAAAAAUGGUUGUGACUGAGUCUUAAAUUUUAAAGGUCCCAUAUUUUGGCUAUUUAGACCUCCACAGGGUGACUCUGUAACAUGGACUGAGUAUAAUAGUGUCAAUUUCAUUAAAAAAAAAAAAAAAAACACCUUGGUUUUGUCAUACUAGUGUCCAGAAAAGACCCCUCUGACAGCUACUUCUGUUUGACCCAGUUUUGUAUCCGCUUUGUCCAUAUUUGGCUUUCCUCUGAUUGGUUGCCUGUGUGUACAAAACCCAACCCUCACUAAUUGUGAUAGCACACGUUUAUGUUGACAGCGCUGGCCUGGGGGCAGAGAGGUAGCCGGAGAUAUUCACUAGUGAUGUAGAUAAGCUCGAGAAAUUCGAAAGGAUUUCAGGCCUCUCAGCAGAAAAACGGCUCAGGAAAACUCAGGAAUGCAUGGAUGAUUUCAAUUCAUAUUUCACAUGUUUGCUAAGGCACCAUAGAGCCAAAUACACCCCAAAUACAAGAAAAAGUAUUUUUGGUAAAAUAUGGGACCUUUAAAACAGUUCAAUAUUUACAAUUGCAAAUUUUUGUGUGUGGCUGUUGCUGGAAAAACAGAGAAGCAGCUUGUUGUGUUGAGCAUGUUACUGUUAUUGGGGAACAAGUUGUAUGUCAUGAUAUAGAAAAACAAUGUCAUUCUGAAAAUCAACAGCAAGUGCUAUUAAAAAUAGUAUUUGAUAUUACUGAAAGCAUACAUAUACGGAUGGUGGGAACUUAUUCAAUGAAAAAUAUCUUGGAAGAUAUCAAUAAAUGAACAAAAUUGUGUGUGAUUAUGUGUAAGGGUAAUCAUGUAUGCAGUAAAUGGGACAGUUGGUGAAAAUUAUUUAAAAUGUAUUCUGUGCUGACAAUAGCCCUUAAUGACAUUUUAAAUGUCAAGAAAUAUGAUGGAUAAAUUAAUAAAAUGAAAUUUGGCAGAAAACUAAA